GUCAUAUCGCCAGAUGGGGCUCAAGAGCUCUCCAGCGUGGUCAAAUCGGAGUUGGCGAAACGGGUCAAAUUUCCGAUGAAGCCGAUGAUCCGAACAGCUUAGACUUUUAUCAACCUGUUGUUGUUGAUAUUACUACAGAAGAAAGCAUUAGAAUUGUCACUAUUGAAGCUCCUGACGAGCAGAGGAACAAAACUGUGCGAGGUUUUGAGACUUUUGAGUGUCCAGAUGGCCCGAUUGUGUCGGUUGAGAACGGUGGCCGCUUGGGAAACAAAAUUUGGGAGUACGCGUCCGCCUGGACGGUGGCCAAGUUGCUCAACCGCACCGCUUUUGUGCCGAAGGCGAUUUUGGACGAACUGACGCUCCACUUCGACCGACUGACUUUCACCACUCCGCUGGAGGAAGUGGCCGAAAAGUGUCACAUUGCGAUGGAGCCCCCUGUGCAAAGGUCACAACUUUUUCCCUUGGAAACGCUCGACCUGAGAUUCAAAGGGAGGAACAUUUUGAUUCCGGUUUACUCCAUUUUGCUCGAAUUGAUUGUGCACCAAAGAGACGCUUUCCGGAGAGAAUUCCGGUUCAACGAUAAGAUCAUGCGGAAUGUUGAUAAAACUAUUCAAAGUCUUGGAGGCGCAGGGAAAACUUUGAUUGGAGUUCACGUGAGAAGGACGGAUUUCAAGAAUUAUUUACCAAAAGCUUUCAAAACUCAUCUCGUAGCCGCCAGUUAUUUUAAGAAAGCGAUGCAGUGGUACCGAAAUGAGAUUUCUGGUCCGUUGCUCUUCCUGAUUGUGACCGACGACGUGGAUUGGUGCAGACAACACCUUCUGGGCAGAGGCGAUGUGAAAAUCGCCACCAAAAAGCCGGCGCACGACCUUGCGCUGAUGGGCGUCUGCAACCACACCAUCAUCGACUACGGCACGUUCGGAUACUCGGGAGCGUUUUUCUCCAAAGGACACUCAAUAUCCCUCGACGUGGACAAACUUUUCGCUGAAACAAUGGCCAAGGAGGCCGCGUGGACAAUUUUUAGUAUUCAAAACUUGAAAGAGGUCAAGUUUGAGUCCGCUAAAAAGCUGAAAAAACCUGUCAGUUAAGUGUUUUAUUAAGACAGUGAUUAUUUAUUUUAUUUAAAAUAAUAAAAGUGUGUAUUUAUAAUUCUUAAAAUUAAAAUUGCCAUGGCCCGUUAGUUGUUAAUAAUCUUUUCAUGUGACCAAAUUGUACACUUAUUUAUAAAAAAUUACAACGAAAAAUAAUUCAUCCUCAAUUAACAUAAAAACUAUUAUUGAAAAAGUCCAGUUUAUUACAAAUUUCAUGAUUUUCUUAUACAUCUUGAACAGUUUCCAGUAUAUUAUAAUUAAAUUAGAAUGAUCCAACGGACUUAUGACUCUAAUAAUAAUAAUAGAAAUUUGCUGACGUUUUCAUUCCUUUUAUUUUCUGUUUGCUGGCAAAACAAGGUCACUUAAAAUGCUCUGCCGACAAAAGAAGGCAGAGAAAAACUGUAAACCUUUCUUUAUUGAAGGAAGAUAAAGUUAGACGGGCCUACACAUGGUUUUUUCUAGAUUAAGAUCUUGUGAUAAUGGCGAGCCGAGUUUCCAUUUUUUUAUGCUCAUUGGUUGCAGCAUAUUUUGUUCUACUUCUGUUUUAUCUCCAAUGUUCAAACUCACAGAAUGAGCAAAAUUUCGAGUGCCCUAAUAGACCGAUCGUGACCGUUUUGGACGGAGGUCGUUUGGGCAACAAAAUCUGGGAAUACGCGUCCGCCUGGAGCUUGGCCCGGACGCUCAACCGCACAGCCUACGUCCCAAUGGAUCUUCUGAACAAUUUGCACGAAGUGUUCGAAAAUCUGAGUUUCACAACUCCGUUUGAGGAUUUUGUCGAGAGGUGCAACUUUCAAAUGGGAAAUUCUCCUAUUCGCAAAAGUGAACUUCCUCACACGGAAAGCAUCGAGCUGAUAUUUGAAGGGCGCGACAUCGUUUUGGCAAAAUACAUCGCCCUGUACGAAUUACUCGCUCCGCACAGAGACGAAUUCCGAAAUGAGUUCCGCUUUAAGCCGGAAAUAAUGGCUUCUGUUCGAAAAACCAUCAAAAAUUUGGGUGGACAAGGCAAAACCCUGAUCGGAAUACACGUGAGGAGAACCGAUUAUGCCGAGUACCUUACGAUGAAAAAAAAUUCCAGUCUCGUCGAUCCAGAUUAUUUCAAGAAUGCGAUGCGGUGGUACCAAAACAAGCUCAGCGGUCCGCUGCUUUUUUUGAUCGUGAGCGACGAUCCACUGUGGUGCAAGGAAAACCUCUUGGGAGAGAAGGACGUGAAAAUCGCCUCAAAAUCUCCAAGCCACGACCUUGCUUUGAUGAGCGUCUGCAAUCACACCAUCAUCGACUACGGGACCUUUGGGAUUUCAGGCGCUUUUCUUUCCAAAGGUCACUCCAUAACUCUCGGUGUUUCCAAAUCUUUCGCCGAAAUCGCGACCAGAGAGUUGGGUUGGACUGUUUUUAGUACUGAGACAUUGAAUGAAGUUGAAGUGAGCCUGUAGAAAAAUUUAAUGAUAUAAAAAUAUUUAAAAGUGAAGUCAAAAGAAAUAUUUUAACAAUUAAAUUAAUUAAUUUUCCUAGGCACUUGAAAAUACAGCAAAGAAGAAUAAAUCUAUAGGAUUUUUGUUUUAAAUAAUUUCUUUCCGUUUUGGCUUUAUUGCCUUUAUUUGAGAUGUGCAAAUAAAAUCUCCUAUCUAUUUGCAAAAUAUUUUUUCAAUGCAGCUCAAUAAAGUUAAAUUGCUAUGGAUUGGCAUCGGAUCAACAUGCACGGGCCGUUGCUCAUGCUGGUGGUCAGCAAUGACGUCAAAUGGUGCGAGAAAAACCUCCUGGGAAAAUCGCAUCAAAAUCUCUGGCUCUGCUGAAUGUUGCAAUCACACCAUCAUCGGCCGCGGCUCUUUCUGCUUCAAUUCAUACGCGAAUUUUAUAUUAAGUUC